AUGCCUAUCAAGUCACGCUGGGAGGAGGAGCUCCCCAACUGCUCGCUCCAGCAAUGGAUCUUUGGCUCCCCCUCAGCGCCCCUGCCCGACCGCAAGGCCUUCCUCGAUGCCGACCGCCCAGACACGCACUUUGUCACCUUUUCCGAGUACCGCCUGCUGGCGAAGCGCAUCGCCCUCGGCCUGCAGGCGGCCGGCCUCAAGCGCGGCGAGCGCGUGCUCCUCUUCUCGGGCAACAGCCUCUACUUUCCCUCCGUCUUCCUCGGCGUUCUCAUGGCCGGCGGUGUCUUCACAGGCGCCAACCCAGGCUUCGUCGCGCGCACCCGUGACGCCGCCGCGCGCCGACAGCAAGGGCACCCGUCACUGGACGGAGCUGCUGGGGCCGGCGGCCGAGGCCGAGGCCUUCAACUGGGUCGAACCCGAGGACAGCCGCACGACGACGUGCUGCCUCAACUACUCGUCCGGAACGACGGGCGUGCCCAAAGGUGUCGAGAUUUCGCACUACAGCUACGUUCCAACGGCGCGGGCGUCAUCAAGGUGACGAAGCUGGCGCCUGACUACACGACGGCGGUCAAGCGGCACGUCGGGCUCUGCUUCCUACCCAUGUACCACGCCUACGCGCAAACGUACUUUGUGGCCAACUUUGCGAGCCAGGGCGUGCCCGUGUACGUCAUGCCAUCGUUUGACUUUGUCAAGAUGCUCACGCAUAUUCAGCGCUUCCGCGUGACGCACCUCGUCGCCGUGCCGCCUGUGCUCGUGGCGCUGACCAAGCACCCCGUCGCCAAGACGUUUGAUCUCUCGAGCCUCGAGAACGUAGGCUGCGGCGCCGCGCCGCUGGCAGCCGAGACGGCAGCCGAGACGACGCGCGUGCUCGGCAAGCCCGACCUGCUGGUGCGGCAGGGCUGGGGCAUGACCGAGGUGACGUGCACGGCCAUGACGUGGGACCCGACGCGGCUGGACCGCACGACCUCAGCCGUCGGCGAGAUCAUGCCCAACUUUUCGGCCAAGCUUGUCGGCGCUGACGGCGUCGAAGUUACCAAGGCGCGCACACCAGGCGAGCUGCUCAUCGCGGGGCCGGGCGUCAUGCGCGGCUACUGGCGGAACCCGAAAGCGACGGCGGAAACGUUCGCCGUUGAUGCCGACGGCACGCGCUGGCUUCGGACGGGCGAUGUGGCCUACGUCGACUCGUACGGGCCCGGCGGCCUCUUCUUCAUCGUCGACCGCAUCAAGGAGCUCAUCAAGGUCAAGGGCAACCAGGUGGCGCCUGCCGAGCUCGAGGCGCUGCUGCUUGAGAGGACAGACGUGGCCGAUGUGGCCGUCGUAGGUGUGACCAUCGAGGGCGAGGAGAUGCCCCGUGCCUACAUAGUCAGAACGCCAGGGUCCGAGACGUCGGGCGAGGAGAUUGCGACGUGGCUUGAGAAGAAGGUCUCCAGGCACAAGAGACUUCGAGGCGGUGUUGCCUUUACGGACGUCAUUCCCAAGAACCCGUCCGGCAAGAUCCUGCGGAAGAUCCUUCGCGAGAAGGCCAAGCAGGAAGUGGGUGACCGCGACCCAGCGACCUCGAAGCUUUCAUAG